AUGCGCAAUGCUCGCCGCCGCGCGCGCGACCGUCAUCUGCGCAUGCGUCCGUCUCUAGGCGCGGCUGGAGACUACCUGCCAGGACUGUGGGCGGUGUCCCUGCCACCCUCCAGGAGGUCACAUGUGCACCGACGCGGGAUCCUGGACCUGGCAGCGACCAUGGAGUGUGCCAAUGGCCACAACCCUUUAGCCUACAUAACCUACGGCUGCUACUGUGGCCUGGGUGGUUCUGGCCAGCCCCAGGACACUAUUGACUGGUGCUGUCAGCGCCACGACUGCUGCUACGCGCGGACUGAGAAGGCCGGCUGCAGCCCCAAGGUGGACAGCUAUUCCUGGCAGUGCGUCAGCGGGAAGGUCCUGUGUGGCCCAGUGGAAAAUAAAUGCCAAGACCUCUCGUGCAAGUGUGACCAGCAGUUUGCCUACUGCUUAGCCAAAGCCAAGUACAACAUGAAGUACUUCUUCUUCCCCCAAUUCUUAUGCGGGGUCAAGUCGCCCAAGUGUGACUAACUAUUUUGAUUGGAAAUGUACUUUUACACAAGGAAAUAAAACUUUUCUCUAAUCAACAGCAGCAUUCAGUCCUUUGCAAGGGAGAACUGAGGUCCAGUGUUCAAGCUGCAGCCCUGUGUUUGCUCUCUCUGCUGUUCCGGAUCCUGGGCCGGAGCUAUUUUGGUGUCCAGUUUGAUGAAGGUCAAGUUUUACGACUGACUUACAAAAUCCCAACUGUGUUUAUGACUAUUAAGGCUGGUGCCAUUGUUGGGGACUGUGACAGUGGAGGUUCUUGCAGAAAAGAACUUCGUGAGGCAGCUAGUUUGCUAGGCAGGGACAAGACGGACACUGCAGGCCUCAGGACUGGGCAGAGCGGAAUGAGGCAGGGGGCUCUCAAGGGCUCCCCUUAAUUGCACAUGCCUUGCUCCCAUCACUCCCCACUCCCAGAGUAAUUGAACGACCCCUCCCACCCUUUCUCGGAGUUUGGGGAAACUUGUUAAAAGACUCUUCUCAGGCCUCCCAGACCUGCCAGACCCUAUCUGGGCCUUGACCCAAAGCAGCAGCCCCAGCUGGCAGUGAAUGAGGGCCCUUUCCUAUUGCCCAUUUUGGAGGUUUGACCUUUAUGAAAAAGGCUAAGCUUUGUCUUCUUACCUGUUCCUGACGGCAGGUUGUCAGGUAUGAAUGAGCACCUACUUAAUAUGCACCUGGCCCUUUCCUAGGCUCUAGACUGAGGCAAUAAAGAAGCUGAACAACACCUACCCCGUGAGGUUCAAGUCCAGGAACUGUUAGCUUAAGAAUGUACUUUCCUGGCCCUCCCUGGUGGUACAGGGGGUUAAAGCAC